AUGGCAUAUUUGAUAUUCAUAAGUAAAAAUUACUUUCCUAUUAACAGCACUGUGAGUUUUUUAUGUCGGCCAGGAUAUACUCUCAGUAAACCUGGGCCUCUUAUCAGUACUUGUCAAGAUGAUGGAACGUGGUCACCUGUGUCAGGGUCUUGUAAAAAAAAGUCAUGCCCAAAUCCACAAGAUUUAGAAAAUGGUCAAGUUCAUAUACCAGAUACCUCAUUUGGUUCAGAAAUUACAUAUUCUUGUGAUGAAGGCUACACCUUAAUAGGUGAUGAUGUUAGAAGGUGUGAGCUUGAUGGAAACAGAGUUGUGUGGAGUGGUGCCAUUCCAUUUUGCAAAAUUAAUACUUGUGCACCACCUACAAGCAUCGAAAAUGGGAAGCACAAUGGCGGCAACAAGGAUUUCUUUACCUAUGGUGAGGUAGUGACUUACCACUGCGAUUCAAGAGGUCAGCAUCCACUGUCGCUUAUUGGAGAUGCCAGAAUUAUUUGUGAUAAAGAUGGAGAAUGGGAUAAGUUGCCUCCUAAAUGUAAAGAAGUCAAAUGUAAAACUCCAAAAGUUGACAAUGCAGUCCAGCUAACAGGAUUUGGAUCCUUUCAUACUUACAAGGACACAAUUAUUUUCGAAUGUGAAGAUGGUUAUUUCUUCUUACGAGGUAACGGCAGAAUUACUUGUGAAGCUGAUAGUAAUUGGAGCCCUGUACUUCCAGUUUGUUCUGCAGAACGUCCCAGUACUGAACCACCUUACCCAAGUCGUCCAGGAUCUACCAGUACUUCCCAACAAGAACCACCUGUCUCAAGUAAACCAGGGCCUUCGCUUCCUCCCAAUAAAGAACCACAAGGACCAAGUUUGGGCAUCAUUAUCGUGAUAGUUCUUACCAUAGUUAUCGUGCUUGCAAUAAUAUUCGGCUUUAUCGUUUAUUGUCAGUACAAGAAGCAAAAAGGGAAAAAUGCAACGAUUCCUGUUAGUGCUGAUUACAAACCUAGCCUGGAACAAGGGAACCAUUCUGAGGAAAGCAAGUGUAUGGUUUCAGUAAAUUAAUGUAACCACCAAUCUGGCCUUUUUUUUAGUUUUAAUGUUAAGCACUUUUCUAGUUACUUUCAAUGUAACUGCUUUGCCAGCUGAAAACAAAGCUGUUAAGUUGGAAUUUUGGUGUUUUAAAAUGAGGCUUAUUAAUUAGCAUCCUUACAUACACCCUUACACACCUGUAUGGUGCUUAAAAUGGAAAUGAAGAUAAAACACACAUUGUGGAUCUGCCCAGGUCAUCACUGCAUUUAGUGUAGGGUGUCAGAAGGAUGAUGGCAAAAUACUCUUUUAAGAAAAAAAGUUUUGCAAAUGCACUUAUGGAAAUAAGAAAUGUGUAAUAUUUUCACUGGGUAAUUUAAGAAAUUAAGUGACUGAAAACGAGGGAGGUUGGUUAUGAUCAACUUCAUGGAUCACUAAAGAAAAGUUUUGUAAGGAAUGUUCUUGUCAAACAGUGGUACUUUAUCCUAUUUAUAACCAUUUCUUUUGGUAACCAGUAUACUAAUUCAGGACAAAGUUAAGAAACCAGCCUGUGCAUAUGGCUGUGAAGUUGACAUUUAUUUUCACCAGUCAAUGGGAAAUGGUUUUAAUUUAUGCAAAAUACAAAAAGCCCCCCAGCUAUUUCUGUGAAAGUAAGUAAGGGACAUUAGUCUCCAGCCAAGAAUUCCAGCACAAUGUACACAAUGAAUAAUAAAUACUUGGAGCCUUACCAUCUUUUUCACAGAGAAUUCUAGAGUAAGGGGUGGGGGGGGGCAGCGGGGAAUCUAUUAAGGUUAAGAACUGGCUUGUUUCAAAUAGGGCUGGUGUUUUGUGGUCUGAAUGUACCCAUGUUUAAUGCCUAUUAAAGCCUGAGAGGCAGCAUAGAAGGGAGUACAGCAUGACACACACUUAGCUGUGUGAUCUUGGGCAGAACACCUAACUAACCUGGUCUUGCUUUAGGCCAUUGUUGUCACACUUAUAUAGAAACUUAGGAAGCCACAGAUUGAUAUCCAUGUUGUAUUAUCAUUUUCUUCCUAAUUUUAGUCUGGUUUAGACAACACAAAGCAGCUUUUUAGGCAGUCCUCAGGCUGAAUGCAACAUUUCUGCUCUAGGCUGUUCUCUAAAAUGCAGUCUAUAAGCAAAGUGUUGCCAGAAUGUAUCAGUAAGGGGAAAAUUUCCACACCAGGAGUUCCCACCACCUCAGACUCCCCUGCUCCCCUGCCAUGUAGCCUGUUUUUUAAUAUCAGGGAAUAUGCUCAAACAAUGACUUAAAGCCUUAGAAUACACUCUUCUAGGGGCAUGCCUUCAUCCGUGAUGCCAUUUUGCCCCUCAGUGUUUUUUUUAAAGAGAGAAAGUCUUCUUUUAAGACUUCAGCUGGGCCAAGAGAACAAAAAAUAUAGUUUGUACAUUUUCUAAAAGCGUCUGGAGAAGGGAGGCUGUGAACUUCAGAAAAUUAUACAGAUCUUUUAUCACCUGCCUUACUCUUCCUAACUAGAAAGCCCAUCCUGUAUAUUACACUCCCUGAGUGUGAAUAUUUGGGUAUCAGUGUGUGAUCACGAAAAAACGGAGCUUGUGUUACGUAUUUUCAUGUAUGUAUGUGUGUAUAUAUAUGUAUCUGCCUAUAUAUAUAUAUAUAUUUGAAGUGUAAACACACUUGGGAUUCAUGAUUUUUUAAAAUUUUGGUGUGGUACAGAAUGUAACUUCCCCAUUAUUGCAUGUUUGUGUGUAUACACAUAUGUAGGAAUAAACCCAUCGGGCUUUGGUCAACCCCCACCCCUGCCCCCCAUGUCAUAAUCCCGUCAAUGGGACUCCUUUAGGGUUGUGAUUGGUGUGUGAGAAAUGCCUCUUAAGUCUUCCAGGGGACAAAUACACCAAAUCCCACUCUUCAGUCUGCCACUACUGACCUUAUUCUUUUUCUCUUUUUGGAUUCCAAGGUUGUAAAUAAAAUCACCUCCCAAAUUACAUAAAAUGCAAACAUUCACCACUAAUUCACUAGCUUUGAGCCCAUGCCCCGGGGGAGUGAGGUGGUAAACUAGAGGAAAUCUCUCUUCCUGUGAAAUCUUUUCCUUUGUCUCAGACCCCAGACUCAAAGGCUUAAGCUUAGAGGAACAUCGGUUGCUGCCUAUAUAAUUUAUUAACAGUAACAAGCAGUGCAGUGUAUUUAAGCGAUGUCUCAUCUGUGAGAAAAGUCCCAGCCAGAGACCCCUCCGUUCUGGAACAGCAGAACAGGGAAUUUGCUGACUGAGACUCUCAGCAGGAACUGCUGGCUUCUCCAAGCUCUCCCAAAUCUUGGUAACAGAUUUCUCAGAGUGACAUUUUACUUCGUUCUCCUGAUAAUUCCAUUAACUGAUAAUCUCUCCUCAGAACAGAACAGCUUUGUGGACAUGAAAGUCACAGUUAAGUCAGUUCCCUCAAAGUGUCUGUCUAGACUACAAGCCUGUCAGGGGGCAUUCUUUCAUGACAGCUGACUGUCCCAAGUCUCUUCAGAAAUGCAUUUUGGCUCUUGGUGCCUCUCAAAGACUCCUGCAAAGAUAAUCACUAAUUUGUCUGGCUUAAGGUUCCUUUUGUUAAAGGCUCAGUAACUAUAUCUAGAGUCUCUGCAAGAAGGGCCAUGCAAGUUGGAAGUUAACGUAAUGUUACAAAAGCAUAUUACGUAUACUUUGAAAGAAAUGACAUGGGGACACAAUUCAAUCUAUACCUCACCAAUUUGGACCAAUGCACAGAAGGGAGGAGUUUUCCUUUGAAUUACAAAUCUUCUUGCAUUAAAUGUAUGUAACAAAGUUCUGUUUUGAAGGACAAUUAGUAACUCCAGCUAAGCUAGGAAAGAAUGCUGUUAUGUAUCAAUAAGCACUAACUUGUAUGUAAAGGAGUGCUUCAGUAUUUCUUGUAAUCUUACUUGUGCUAUUCAUGAAGAAUAUGAGAGUUCUGCAUUCGUGAUGUCAGGAACUGGCUUUGUCUUUUUCACAUUCAGGUUUUUAGGAAUGCCUUACUAAAGUAAAGGAGGAGAUAACCUAUUUAAAACUGGGUAGAUGACUCUUGAAACAGAUUUUUCUGCAAAAUAAAUUAAACUGAUUUCUGUGGAGGUUUCUUUAAACCUAAUUUUGGUGUUUAUUUUAAAUAUAUUCUCUUAUGCAGGUACUUAUGAAAUUCUCUAUUGUAUGUGUAAUAUAUAUAUAUAUUUUUGCUAAAGCUUCUUGGAUAUCUUUAAAACUGUAACUUAGGAUUAAAUGUAAUUUUCCUCGUACACAUGUACUUUCAAAUAGCUAGGGAAAUCAGUUUUAUAUGAACGUUGGCUAUUCAUCAACAACUUGUGCCUUCUCUGUUAAGAAUUUGUGGGAAAAGGAAGGUCUUCCUACUUGAAUAAAAAUUACAGAUGAUGUCCUUGAAAAGGAUGGCAAGAUGGCCACCCAGGAUGUAUGAAUUGUUGUAAACUGAAUAAAAAUAUAAUUCUAACUUUA